GCCUGAUCAAGAAAAUUUUAUUGCCGUCAGAUCACGAGUCAUCCCCUCUUCUUCUCUUCUCGGGUAUCAGCAGUGUUCAGCUGGGCCUCACUCUUCUAUUUGAGUAUAUUGAUUUGUUUACGGACCGAGAGCCAAUUCAAUCGCAGAAAUGGAGACCCAAGAAGUUCCCUCGGCUACGUUCGACACUAUCCUGACCCUGGAUUUUGGGUCUCAAUACACUCACCUUAUCACUCGGCGUCUGCGAGAGAUCAAUGUGUACUGUGAGAUGCUCCCAUGCACUCAGAAGCUUGCCGAUCUGCCUUUCAAGCCCAAGGGUAUCAUUCUCUCUGGUGGUCCCUACAGCGUCUACGAGGACGGAGCCCCCCACGUUGACCCCGCCUUUUUCGAUCUCGGGGUGCCUAUCCUUGGUAUCUGCUAUGGUCUCCAGGAGAUUGCCUACCGUCUGGACAAGACUAAUGUCGUUGCCGGGACUGCGCGCGAAUACGGCCACGCCGACUUGAACGCCAAGAGUCUGGACAACCAGGGCCAUGUCGACAAGCUUUUCGCUGGCAUUGGGGAUCACAUGAAGUGCUGGAUGAGCCACGGCGACAAGCUUGCUCAGCUUCCGGAGGGAUUCCACGUCAUCGCUACGACGGCCAACUCGGAGUAUGCGGGUAUUGCCCAUCAGACCAAACCCAUCUACGGUGUCCAGUUCCACCCUGAAGUGUCUCACACGCCACGGGGUGUUGAGCUCCUGAAGAACUUUGCUGUGGACAUCUGCGGCGCCCAGCAGAACUGGACCAUGUCCAAGUUCGUUGACCAGGAGAUCUCUCGCAUCCGCAAGGUGGUUGGUGAGACGGAUCAUGUGCUCGGUGCUGUCAGCGGUGGUGUUGACUCGACUGUGGCUGCUAAGCUGAUGAAGGAGGCAAUCGGCGAUCGUUUCCAUGCCGUGCUGGUGAACAAUGGCUGCAUGCGUCUGAACGAGUGCGAGCAGGUCCAGGAGACCCUCAACAAACACAUGGGCAUUAACUUGACUGUCGUCGAUGCCUCGAAGCGCUUCCUGGACGGCCUCAAGGGAGUCACGGAUCCCGAGAAGAAGCGCAAGUUCAUCGGCGGUACCUUCAUCGACGUGUUUGAGGAGGAGGCCCAAAAGAUUGAAGCUGAAGCCGAACACACCGGUGCCAAAGUCAAGUGGUUCCUUCAGGGUACUCUUUACCCAGACGUCAUUGAAAGUAUCUCUUUCAAGGGACCCUCCGCUACGAUCAAGACACACCACAACGUUGGUGGAUUGCCUCAGCGCAUGAUCGACGGACAAGGAAUGAAGCUCAUCGAGCCGCUCCGCGAAUUGUUCAAAGAUGAAGUCAGAGCGCUUGGGCGCCAGCUUGGCAUUGCCCACGAGCUCGUCAUGAGACACCCGUUCCCGGGCCCCGGCAUCGCUAUUCGUGUCUUGGGCGAAGUGACCCCGGAACGCGUCGAGAUUGCCCGACGAGCCGAUCACAUCUUCAUCUCCAUGAUCCGCGAAGCCGGUCUCUAUGACAAAAUCGCCCAGGCCUACGCUGCUUUGGAUCCUAGCAAGGCUGUUGGUGUCAUGGGUGACAAACGUGUCUACGCUGAGAUCAUUAUCCUGCGUGCCGUUGAAACCACCGAUUUCAUGACCGCGAGGGCUUUCCCCUUCGACAACGAGUUCUUGAGCCAAUGCGCGACUCGCAUCAUCAAUGAGGUCCAUGGUGUUUCUCGUGUUCUUUAUGAUAUCUCUAGCAAGCCUCCUGCCACUAUUGAGAUGGAGUAAAUUCGUUUUUCGGGAAGGAGACUUACGGAAGUGUCUCAGGGGGAGUUCUCAGUUUUGAAACCAUUUGGGCAGGAGAAGUUAUAGAUCAGCUUGGGUAUCACAUAUGAGAUGCAUUAAUAGAUAAAAAGAUGAUCUCAUCCAUAUAUUACUUACUAUAUUGAUGACUUGGGCUAGUUAGC